GGGCUGCAGCAGUGGCUGUGAUGGAGGGCAGCGGCGGGGUUCAGCGGGUGGCCUGGGCCGUAGUUCCUGGGCGGGUCAACCUGGCCCAGCCCUAAGGCGCGGCCCGGCCCUGCUCCACUCCACCAUGAACGUCGCGCUGCACGAGUUGGGUGGCGGAGGCAGUAUGGAGUACAAACGUGCUAAGCUUCGGGAUGAAGAAUCACCAGAGAUUACAGUAGAAGGCAGGACCACCCGGGACUCACUGGAGGUGGGAUUCCAGAAGAGGACAAGACAACUCUUUGGUUCACACACACAGUUGGAGCUGGUCUUGGCAGGCCUCAUUCUAGUGUUGGCUGCCCUUCUUUUGGGCUGCCUUGUGGCUCUGUGGGUCCAGUACCACAGAGACCCAGCCCAUAGCACCUGUGUCACAGAAGCCUGCAUUCGUGUAGCUGGAAAAAUCCUGGAGUCUCUAGACCGUGGGGUGAGCCCCUGUCAGGACUUCUACCAGUUCUCCUGUGGAGGCUGGAUUCGAAGAAACCCUCUACCCAGUGGACGUUCUCGCUGGAACACCUUCAACAGCCUCUGGGACCAGAACCAGGCCAUACUGAAGCACCUACUUGAGAACACCACUUUCAAUUCCAGCAGUGAAGCUGAACGGAAGACUCGAAGUUUCUACCUGUCCUGCCUACAGUCAGAGCGCAUUGAGAAGCUAGGAGCCAAGCCACUUAGAGACCUCAUUGACAAGAUUGGUGGUUGGAACAUCACGGGGCCUUGGGAGGAGGACAGCUUCAUGGACGUGCUCAAGGCAGUCGCCGGGACGUACAGAGCCACCCCGUUCUUUACCGUCUAUGUCAGUGCUGAUUCCAAGAGUUCUAACAGCAAUAUCAUCCAGGUGGACCAGUCUGGGCUUUUUCUGCCCUCUCGAGAUUACUACCUAAAUAGAACUGCCAAUGAGAAAGUUCUCGCUGCCUACCUGGACUACAUGGUGGAGCUGGGAGUGCUGCUGGGUGGACAGCCGACCUCCACCCGGGAGCAGAUGCAGCGGGUGCUGGAGCUGGAGAUAGAGCUGGCUAACAUCACUGUGCCCCAGGACCAGCGGCGUGAUGAGGAGAAGAUCUAUCACAAGAUGAGCAUCUCAGAGCUGCAGGCUCUCGCGCCCGCCAUGGACUGGCUGGAGUUCCUUUCUUUCUUGUUAUCGCCACUUGAGUUGGGUGAUUCUGAGCCUGUGGUGGUGUAUGGGACUGAGUAUUUACAACAGGUGUCGGAGCUCAUCAACCGUACGGAACCAAGCAUCCUGAACAAUUACCUAAUUUGGAACCUGGUACAGAAGACGACCUCAAGCCUUGACCAGCGCUUUGAGACUGCACAGGAGAAGCUGCUGGAGACCCUCUACGGUACCAAGAAGUCCUGCACUCCGAGGUGGCAGACCUGCAUCUCCAAUACAGAUGAUGCCCUUGGCUUUGCUCUGGGUUCACUCUUUGUGAAGGCCACAUUUGACCGACAAAGCAAGGAAAUCUAUGAAGUCUCUGAAGAUUCUUUUUUCCAAAACAUGUUGAAUCUGUACAACUUCUCAGCUAAGGUGAUGGCUGACCAGCUCCGAAAACCUCCCAGCCGAGACCAGUGGAGCAUGACACCCCAGACUGUGAACGCUUACUACCUUCCAACCAAGAAUGAAAUUGUCUUCCCUGCUGGCAUCUUGCAGGCCCCAUUCUAUGCUCACAACCACCCAAAGGCCUUGAACUUUGGUGGCAUCGGCGUAGUGAUGGGCCAUGAGUUGACACAUGCCUUUGAUGACCAAGGGCGUGAGUAUGACAAAGAAGGGAAUCUGCGCCCUUGGUGGCAGAACGAGUCACUGACAGCUUUCCAGAACCAUACAGCCUGCAUGGAAGAACAGUACAACCAGUACCAGGUCAAUGGGGAGAGGCUCAACGGACUCCAGACCCUGGGGGAAAACAUCGCCGAUAAUGGGGGCCUUAAGGCUGCUUACAAUGCUUACAAAGCAUGGCUGAGGAAACACGGGGAGGAGCAGCCGCUGCCUGCCGUGGGGCUCACCAAUCACCAGCUUUUCUUCGUGGGAUUUGCUCAGGUGUGGUGCUCGGUCCGCACACCAGAGAGCUCUCACGAGGGGCUGGUGACCGACCCCCACAGCCCUGCCCGUUUCCGAGUGCUGGGCACUGUCUCCAACUCCCGAGACUUCCUUCGGCACUUCGGCUGCCCUGUCGGCUCCCCCAUGAACCCAGGGCAGCUAUGUGAGGUGUGGUAGACCUGGGUGGGGAAAGAAAUGGGCAACUGUGGCCAGGGACUGGGGCUUCCAAGUUAGGAGAGAGUGAAGAUCAGCUGGUAUGGUUGUCUCUCCACACUACAAGUGAGAUCAAUCUAGGACCCCCCCACCACUACCACCACCACAUUGUGCCCCUGCUUUAGGGGUGCCUGAGCCUCUAGCAGAGAUUCCACCAUUCACUGUGACAUCCUUUCAUGUGUCACCCUGGAGGGAGUCUAGGCAGAAGUGUCAGUUCCCACAGAGAUGAGUCUGUCUCUUUUGGACUCCAAGCUUACUCAGUUUGGGGGAUCAAGAGGAUAUGCCUGGGGCAUAGCCAUCUCCCCCCCACAGUAUACUGAGUGUUCUAUGAGAUGAGUUCAGCUCCCUUCAGCUCACCCUCAGGCUGCCCCCCACCUGUGUUCCUUAUGCUCCUCCUAGUACUGCUGCUCCCCUUCAGGACAGACCAACUGAAGUCAAGUGGAAGGCCAAGGGCUCUCUCGGGUGAGAGGAGAAAUAUGUAUGUACAGUGGGUGCUGGUUCCCUGUGUCUCAAGGUGUGUGUCUUAGGGAUGAUUGAUUGUCCCUGGGCCAAACAGAAAAGCAGAUUGAGUAGAGAAAAGGAAAGAGUUUAUUUUUGCAGGGAAGAGGGUGGGAAGGGUGUGGUCUUACCUUUAUAGGACCCGUUGCUAAU